GUAAACAGAGUUUUGAUCAAAAGAAAACUGUGAUUAAUGGGGGAUACAAAUACGCUAUAUAAAGCAGGCUUCAUAGACAUCCAACAUAACAAACUUAGAUGAGUGGGUUAGAGACUCUAAAGCAGAUAUUGACAUCUAAGGACCAUCUUGCAGAUGCGCCAAUUGUUGAGUCACUUGUCAAUCUUGAGUCGCUUCUCAGUAAGCAAUCUGGUGGUGAAGGUAACAACAAAGCAACAUUAUUAGAUUCAUUUCGAACUCAUGCCAAUGCAUUGAAUGCUAGUCGGGUGAAUCAGCUCAAUAUCAAUGAUCUAGCAGCGUUGGUUGAUAAAUUUGAUGACUACAAUGACAAAAUUCAACAAUUUCAGUCAAAGCUAGAUCCUAUAGAAAAGAUUUUGGAUGGAUUUAAUCAAGAUUUGAGUCACUUAUCUGCAAGUUUAGUGUCAUUACAAGAGAAAUCAACCAAAUUAUCAUCAGAUUCGAAUAUACAGCAUACAGUAACAGAAAAAUUGAAUGGAAUAAUAUUGGAUUUAAUGAUAUCGCCGGAGGUGGCCAAGUCAGUAGUUGAAGAUGAAAUUGAUGAAAAAUGGCUUGAAAAUUUAAGAUUUAUUAAUGAAAAACUGCAAUUAAUCCAUAGUAUCAAAUCCAAAAAGAUGUCAAGUGAAUUAGAGCAACUUUAUAAUGAAUCAAGAGCAUUGGAGCAACUUGAAUUGGGAAUCAAAUUACUUUCAAAUAAAGCAGUAGAAAGAAUAAGAGAUUUCUUAAUAUCAAAUGUUAAACAACUUAGAUCAUUGUCAAAAACAUCUUCUCAAGAAAUUCAACAAAAGUUAAUUAAAUUAAAAGAAAUAUUUGUGUUUUUAAAUACCCAACAUCCUGAAUUGGCUGCUCAAUUAAGACUAGCUUACAUAUAUACCAUGAGAUGGUAUUAUCAAACCAAAUUUGCCAAGUAUAUCUAUGCUUUAGAAAAAUUACAUAUAAGACAUAUCGAUCAAAAUUUUGUCUUAGGAACUGAUGGAGAAAAAAAACAAAGUGUUUUUGGAACCGCCUGGAAAGGUUGGUUACCUACUGGUACUAAUUUAACUACUUCCUACACCACAGCUCCCACUAGUCAUCUUUCAAUGAAUGAAUAUUUAGCAUCUAUGGAUAAAAGAAUUCACGUACUUGAUGAUAGUAAAGCAGGUUCAAGACACGUUCUGGCCAUUCCAUCUCAAAUAGCAGAAACUACUCCCUUUGUUUACUGGCUUGAAUUCGUUUACAACCAGUUUGCUGUAGCUCUUACUGAUAAUAUCGUGGUUGAAUAUUUGUUUAUGGUAGAAUUUUUCUAUCAAGAUAAUGAGAAAUUUGAUAAAAUCGAUUUACCGAAGUUAGAAGAUGAUAAUCUAUCCACCAAUGCUAAAGGAGUCACUGGUCAAGUGGAAUGGUAUCAAAUAAUGUUCAAUGAUAUAUUUAAAAUGGGUCGUGAAUUUGUUACCUGGGCAAUUACUCAUUAUCCGUAUGCAAAAACAAUAGGAGGUUCAGCUGCAAGUGCUGCUAGAGUACACCCUUCUGCCAGUUUUGGAAGUUGUGACGGAUACGCUAUUUUGGUCAUAAUUCGUUUGGUACAAGCUUCACAAUCAAUAUUUCAAAACAAGUAUCAUAUUCCUAUCAUGAACGAUUAUCUAAAUUCAUUAUUGUUGAUUUUAUGGCCCCAAUUUACAAAGAUUAUUGAUCUUAAUUGUGAAGCUAUGAAAAAAAUGAUUUUACAAAGUUCAAAAGUGUCAACAUUAGCUCCUGUUCAUGUCACUCAACAAUUCGCUCAGUAUAUUCUGGGACUCUUAAAGUUAUCAGGACCUAUCGCCGAUGAUAACAGCACCAAAGAUUAUAGAGGUGAGCCAUUAUAUAAUUCAAUAGUAAGGUUACGAAAUGACUUUGAGAGUUAUUUAACAAAAUUAAGUACUCAUUCAUUUGGAAAUUCUAAAAACAAACAAGUUGAGAAAGAAAUCUUCCUUUACAACAAUUAUUUCCUUAUCGUUAAUAUAUUAAAGAACGAAAACAGUGAUGUAAUUCUGAAUUCAAUUGUUGAAGAGCAAUUAUCUCAUUUUGAACUUCUAUGUGAAGCAUAUAAGAAAACUACUAAAUAGAUUAACUA